AUGUUCAGUGCUGAGAGAGAGGAACUACAGAGGCGUCUUGGUGAACUAGAACCACAUGACAUGAAAACAAUUAAACAACAUGCAGUGGAUGUGACCCUGGAUCCUGAUACAGCACAUCCCAAGCUCAUUCUAUCUGCUGAUGGGAAACAAGUGAAGCAUGGAGACACACGGCAGAAUCUCCCAGAUACCCCAAAGAGGUUUAUUAAGUUCAUCUUUGUUUUGGGAAGAGAGGGCUUCUCCUCUGGCAAAUUCUACUUUGAGGUUCAGGUUAAGGGGAAGACUGGGUGGACUAUAGGAGUGGCCAAGGAGUCUGUUGAUAGGAAGGAACAGGUAUACAUGGACCCUACAUAUGGAUUCUGGACAAUAUGGCUGAGAAAUGGCACAUAUCAGGCUCUAGCUGGUCCCCCUGUUCCCCUCUCCCUGAAGGGGACGCUCCAAAGGGUGGGGGUGUUUGUGGACUAUGACACAGGUCUGGUCUCCUUUUAUAAUGCAUGUUGCGGGGAUCAUAUCUACUCAUUUACCAAUGUCUCCUUUACUGAGAAAAUGUAUCCAUAUUUCAGCCCCGGUCUUAAUGGGGGAGGUACAAAUUCUUCCCCUCUUGUGAUCUCCCCAGUCCAUGUCUGCCCCAUCAAGUAA